AUGUCUGGAAAAUGGCAUCUAGGUUUAAAGCCUGAGAAUGGUCCCUCGCAACGAGGUUUCGAUCGCUCGUUUGCCCUUCUGCCGGGGCGCACGAAUCACUUCGGGUUCGAGCCUCAAUUCGAGAACCCGAUGGAUUUCUUCGUUCGCAUUCCGGUGCUCUGCGCCGAGGAUGGGAAGCGGAAGGUUAUCGAGGCUAAUAAGGGGAAUGAGUAUGAUACCGGUUUCUUUUCAUCGGAGUACUAUGCAUCGAAUUUGAUAAAUUACUUCAAGGAGCGGACGGUGGAGCAAAAGGAGCAGCCGUUUUUCGCUUUCCUGCCCUUCUCCGCACCGCACUGGCCUUUACAAUGCAGCAAAGAAGAUCGCGAGCGAUAUCGUGGUGUGUAUGACGAGUGUAACACCCUGCAUCUAACGGCAGGAAAGGGAUCCACGGCGACGAGGAGUUCAUGGGAUGGGAGCUGUUCGGCCGUGCAGCGCUGCGUAAAGGGGCGUGGAAGAUGGUCAACAUGCCGGAGGAUGGAUUCCUUUGGGAAGAACAAAUGGGAGUUGUUUGACCUGUCUGUCGACCCUGGGGAGACCAAUGACCUAGCUGGAUCUCGCCCCCAUAAACUGCGUGAGCUUUUUCAGGCAUGGCACCAGUAUGUCCUCGAGACUGGGACGGUAUGGGGAGAACCGGUGUCCGCGAGAUUGCAUGGGGAGACCUGCCCAAGGACAGUGUAG